AUGGAAACGGAAGAGGAAAACUUGUUUGGGUGGGCCCCCAAAUGUGAAGCUUCUGAACCCGAACCCCAAAUUCAUGAAACCGGAGGGAGCGAGAGAGGGAGGGUGCCUGUCCUAUAUAUUUAUAUAUCUUCUCCAACACUUCCAACUGUGCUCCCAUCUCAUUCUCCCAAACCAAUACACACUCAAAUGGAUCGGAAAAACCUACUCUCUCUCGCACUCAUCGCCAUUGUCGUCGCCGCCGUCGGAGGUCAGUCUCCAUCGGCGGCGCCCACCACGUCCCCUCCGGCCGCCACCACCACUCCCUCUGCAUCCCCAGCCACUUCCCCUUCUAAGCUACAAUCACCCGCGCCGGUUGCUUCUCCCAAGUCAUCUCCAGCAGCUUCCUCCCCCAAUGCUGCAACCGCAACCCCCGCAUCGUCUCCCGCGGCUACACCUCCGUCUAAAGCCGCCGCUCCAGCGACCAAUCCCCCGGCGGCCACACCCCCUGCUGCCUCACCUCCUGCAACCACACCUCCGGCGGCCACACCUCCAGCAGCCACACCUCCAGCGGCCACACCUCCAGCGGCCACACCUCCUGCGGCCACACCUCCUGCGGCCACACCUCCAGCGGCCACACCUCCUGCGGCCACACCUCCUGCGGCCACACCUCCAGCGGCCACACCUCCUGCGGCCACACCUCCUGCGGCCACACCUCCUGCUGUGACCCCAGUGAGCUCACCUCCGGCGCCAGUUCCAGUGAGUUCUCCUCCUGCGGCUGUUCCGGUGAGCUCUCCUCCUGCAGCUGUUCCGGUGAGCUCUCCCCCUGCACUGACCCCGAAAGCUGCGGCACCAGUGGUAGCUCCGAGUGCUGAGGUUCCCGCUCCCGCUCCGAAGUCGAAGAAGAAGACGAAGAAGAGUAAGAAGCACACUGCACCGGCACCUUCGCCGGCAUUGCUUGGACCUCCUGCUCCGCCGGUCGGAGCUCCGGUAUCCAGCCAGGAUGCUUCAUCUCCCGGUCCAGCCUCAUCUGAGAACGUGGUACGGUUGUCGCUGUCUGAAAUUUGUACUGUUUGUAUAUUGCAGAGUGGAGCUGAAAGCAUGAGGUGCUUGAAGAAGGUGAUGGGAUGCAUAGCUUUGAGCUGGGCUACCCUUGUUUUGAUCUUCUAG